AUGUCUUUACGCGUUCAGAAGGGUGGGACUGUUUUCAAGCCGAUGGCGAAAGCCCGGCCGCGCGCAGGGCCCGACGAUGGUCGACAGCCCUCGUCCACUCCCGAUCCUCGCGCCACUGUCGUUCAAUCAGCUGCGCCUGCCCUCAGCUCCUCUCCCGUACGCGCUCACGCUACUCCGGCUGCAAGAUCCAACGCACCGACUAUCCCGCAUCCUGUCGCUUCUACGUCGCAGCCUCAACGUCCGGAAUCAGGCAACGACGACCCUGUAUCAUCUACGCCACACGCCCUACCGCCGGCAACUCGUACCUCUGGUCCCUCUGCACCUAUUGUUGGCCUAGCGGUCGGCCCACCAACUCGUCCACCGGCAACUAUCGUGCCCCCCACACGGGCAUCUGCCCCAACCCCGUCUUCCUCAGUCGUGAAGAACGCGCCGCGUUCUGAAACGCCCCAGAUCUCUGCUCGCAGUCAUGCUAUGGCCUGUCCUGUUACACCAUCUCCCAUGCCCCAUCCACCGCCUCGCUCAGAGCCCGCGCAACCUCAUGUAAUAGACCCCAGUCUUAUGCCGGCCGGUACUGCUCCCAGCGCGGAAUCAUCCGAUUCUUCGCUUAACACCUUCUCGCAACCCUCUGGCAUGGAUUUCGUGGCCCUCAUAGCACAAGCCGCUCGGGCUGCUAAUGGCGAUCUACCAGUCACUCCUGGACCGCAAGGUGCAUUAGUCGACGUAGCAGCCGCACAGUCUACCCGUCCGCGUCGUAGCAAGAGGGCAGUGGCUACUACCUAUGCGGCAGACGAGGGCAAUGACGAGCCUCAUGCCAAAAGGCGACGUUCAGGAAAGAGGUCCGAUGACAUGGACGAGGACGCGGAGGUGAAGAAACGUGCAGUCAGGAAGAGUCGGAGGAAAUCGACAACUACGACAGGCGACGGCGACGGCGAAAACCAGCAAGAGGGCGAGUCGCGUAAGAAGCGUCGGGGGCGCAAGGCGCGUUCACCAAUGCGCUUUGAUGCCGACGCGGAUCCAGGAGAGGAACUUGAUCCCACCAUCGUCACGAUGGCCGAUAUCUGCGAGGACACCGGUCAGGGACGUGUGAGUAGUAAGGCGGCGCAGAUAUUUGAGAACCAUUCGAAUUGGAAGCGCGCUAAUCGGGAACGGCGUGCCCGGAUGCGUGCGUUGAAUGAGAGGAAGAAGUACGGACUCAAGGAGGAGGACGGCGAAGGGGAUGGAGAGCAGGCGGCGAACAAGGGCGAGCCGGAAGAGGUCGUUGUGCCUGGAUCGCCUCCGGCCGUCGUGGAGGACGAUCAAGCUGGCCUCUUUGACGCGGACGGUGAUGAAGAAGACGCAGGAGGAGAUGACGACGACUUUGACUACUCAGCGGUUGGCGGGGGCAGCAAGUUUGCGCCUCGUUUCCGUAUCGGUCCGAACGGCGAGACUAUCAUUGACGAGACAUCGCUGCAUGUUGACCGCGACGAAGAGGCUGAAACGGCGGGGUACCAGCACGUUGAAGAGUCGGACGCGACGAAGUUCACCAACUCCGCCACAUACGGGAAGAAGGUUCAUGGCUCACGCUGGAGUGCCGAGGAGACCGAGAUGUUUUUCGAUGCGCUACGGCAAUUUGGGGAAAACUACGAACUCAUAUCUUACGUGCUCCCCGGCCGCGACCGCAAGCAAUGCAAGAACAAGUUCAAAGCCGAGGACAAGAAGAACUCUGCUCGAAUUGACGAUUGCUUGAAGAAUCGUACAUCUAUCGACAUGGAGACGCUGUCGCGCUUGACGGGAAAGGAUUUCUCCGGCCCAACGCCAGUCAUCCGUGCCAAGACACCGCCCAAUCUUUCUGGGAUGGACCCUAGCGUCACGGUCGUCGCCGAAGACCCAUCGACUGCGCGCAAGCAGAGCAGUACGCCGGGACCCGGUGAGAAAAACAACAGACGCGGGAAGAAGAAGGCGAACGCGAAAGCUGAUGACGGUGUGGAGAUCCUUGGUGCUGCAGAUGGUGUUUGGGAUUCGGACUGA